AUGAACCGCCUCACCCUGAACAAGGCGACCUCGUCGAACGACGAGCCUACGCCAGGAUACCUGUACAAUGAAAUAUCGCAAAUGGCCUUCUGCUCCAAGGAGUCCAUGAACCUUGUGGGCGACUACCUCCUGAAGAAAUUACAAAGGACAGAUGUGAAUGUGAAAUUAAAAACGCUUAAAAUAUUAAAGCACCUUUGUGAUAAUAAAAGAUCUGAUUUUCGAAAUUUUUUAAAAAAAAAAAUUGAAAUAAUUAAAAAUUGCCAAUCCUGCAAUAUAGUCCAUGAUGAACUGAAAGGAGAAACUCCUUCCAUGUUGGUGAGGAAGGAAGCAUCUGAGUUGAUUAAACUGAUUUAUUCGUAUGACGCGGCAGAGACGGAUGGGAAAGCCGCGUCCAACAACGGCCAAGACGUGAUGAAAAAUAAUAGAAUACAGGGGUUUGGAAAUGCCCACUUUGAAAGGAGUAGCGCCAUGCAUAGUGGCGUGAACAGCGGCGCGAACAGCGGCAUGCACGGUAGCAUGAACAGCGUCACGCAUAACACGUAUGGAGUGCCCGCAGGGGGAGGUGGAGGAGCAGCAAGUGCAUUGGACGCAGCCAAUCACAUGGGGAACAAUUUUAACACUCGAAAUAAUUACAUGAGUAAAAUGUCUGGUUUUGGAAACCCCUACUUUAACCAGAACCCUGGGCAGAAAACCAAAGGGGAAAUAGCCAUGCAAUAUCUGAACGAAGUGGCAAACAAAUAUAUUCCCUCCUCCUUUGUGAGAAAAAUUAACAAAGUCAGUGCGUCCCUCUCGAAGAAUUAUGCGAACGGGUCCCUCAACAUACAAAGCAUCAUGAACGGUAACGCUUUUAAUAGGAACUUGGACCGGAGCCGCGUUGGUAAAGGAGGGGGCAGUCAUCACGGUGGAAGCGGUUACGGUGGAGGUGGCUACGGUGGAAGCAGUUACGGCACGCAUGGGGGGGCGUAUCCCACCCACUUUAGCAACCAAGGAGGGGGUAGCAGCUUCGCUGCGCAGGGUCACCUGGGCAGGGGCCACCACAGUGGAGGUUGGCCAACCACCAGGCGAGAGGACCUGGGCAGAAAACCACAAGAGUCGCAGACAGCCGGAAUAUAUGAAAGAAAAAUAAUUGAAGAUGUAUUGAUUGAUGCAGGAAUUAAUAAAGUGCCAUCUGAAAGUCUGUUAAACGAAUUUGUUCAACAAUGUGAAACCCUAGACACAAAAGUUAUAGUGUCCAUUCUUACCUCCAAGCUAAGAUUAAAAUAUAUUAACGAAGAGGACAAUUGGAAAAACAAAUUCAAAGUCCUGUGUGCUAUAAAGCACUUGCUGGUACACAGGAAGAGGAAGGAAAAGGGUAAAGCAAUUGAGACGCUAGAAGUUCUUAUUCAAAAUUUGAAGGACCAAACAUUGGAAGAGCUUUACCGAUGCAAGGAAAUUAAACAUUUAAAAAAACAAGUGUUGGAAAUUUUUGUCCUGAUGGGUCUUCGCUCGAACCAACCUGGUGACGAGUCAAGGAGGACGGAACGAAAUGCGAGUGUCGAUUUUACUUCAAGUAUGGAAGUCCCAAACCUACUCGACAUUGAUGAUGAUGUGCAGGUAGAUGUGAAGAGCAGUAGACUUACCGCACACGGGUACGGCGCGACCAACACACAGGGCGGUUACCCGCCCGCAGGAGACGUUUAUGCAAGCGCGGCGCAUAAUGGUAAGACGCCGGCGAGCAGCUUAGACUUUCUCUCUCACAGAAACAACUACCCACCUCAACGAGGAAAUAAAGAAAAUGCCAAAAUGGACCCAAUGGAUGAUUUAAUAAUUCAUUUUGAUCACCUCUCGAUGGAGGCUCCUCCACAUCAGGACACUCCGCAAAGAAGUAGCGGUAGAAGUGGAGCCACCAACAGCGAGCUGUUUAGCAGCCUACAUGUGAAGCACCAACAGCAGGGGGACGCGCGGUACACAUGCAACAGGAAUGAUAUAAAUUUUGCCACUGGGCAAAGCAUUCAAAAUGGGGAAAAAAAAAACCCACUCGAAAUGUCAAGCAGUUCACAUGCCCCCCAACGUAGUAGUAACCAAAUUGACCUAAACGACACUGGGUAUAAUAACCUCAUUUUUCUACAUAAUAAAUUUGAAAGGGGAAGUUCAAAAGGAGCCAUAAAGGCGGAAAAGAAUCUUCCUCAUUUUAACGAGGCAAAUGAUUUCUUUACCUUUGAUAAUGCUACAGAAGGAGCAAGUGGAGGAGAUAAAAAGAGGGUGACACCCCCCCGAGGCAGUAACAACACACAUGUCCCUAACACCAACUAUACUAACCAAACAAAUAAUGCAAGCAUGGGUGAAAGCUCGAUGUAUCACUUGAGUAAAGACAAAAAUGAAACAAUGAAAAAAUAUAAUUCUUCCACAGAGAAAGGGAAGCAAUCACGUGGUGGAAGCAGCAUUGCGGAUGUGAAAAAUGUACAAAGCCACGAUUUAAGUUUACUAGAUGUGCAUGAAGAGUUGCCUAGCUUGACCAGUGACACUCAAUUGUCCAAUGCAACGUCACUAAUGAGGUGUGAAAAAGGACAAGUGCAGGUGUGUACACCCCCAUACGGAGGAGGCAUCAUGAAGAGUAGUAGUAGUAGUAACCCCUAUGACCAGCCUCCUCAGGGGAACUACCCACUCAUGCAUAUGAAGGAGUCAAGUAAAUCUGCGGACAAUUUUCAGAGCCACCUAACCAGCUCAGGAAAUUUCUCCACCACAGAUGACCAAAUAAAUAAUUUCUUUAACUCAUUUUCCAUUGCAUCUAAGAGAAAUGAAGAAGGAAAUAAAAAACCCAGCGUGCAGAUCGACGCGUUUGAGCUGUUGGCCGAUGAGCUCAAGCUAUGA